AUGGGCCCCGAGGGUUGGGCGAAAAAGGUAGAUGCCAAGAUCGCUAAAUUACUCCAUUGGAAAGAACAUGGUGACCUCCCAGAGGUACCCGAUAUCACGGUGACCCCUUCGUUCACCCAGAAGAUAAUGAGGAAGCCCCUCCCACCUAACUUCAAGCUCCCGAGUGUCAAGCGUUUUGACGGUUUGGAAGACCCUCAGGAACACAUCAUGGCUUAUCAAGCCACCAUGACACUAGUAAGAUCCUCCGAAGCAACGAUGUGCAAGGCCUUUUUCUGCAUCCUAGCGGGGCGAGCUCAACAGUGGUUCACCAAUCUGAAUGGGGCAGAAGAAUCUCUGACAGAAUUCCUGGUCCAUUGGCGGAAGGAGGAGGCAGACGUGGAAAACCUAGACGAUAAAUCUGCCAUUGUGAUGUUUAUAGACGCCCUAAAGGCGGGAGAACUCUUUAAGAGUUUGAGGCGUAAGACCCCGUGUACAUAUGUCGACCUCAUGGCAAAGGUCGAUAGAUACGCAGAAGCUGAGGAAGCAAACCGACUCAAAGGGGGCAGGGAGGAAAACCUCGCGAAUAAACCCCAGGGGGAGGAACCCGUCAAUAAGAAAGGGACAGUAGAAAAGAAUCCAUUGAAUAAAGGGAAAGAGUGCCAACUAGUGAAACCUACCGAGCAAGGUUACGUAGCAGUCCCCGACCAGGGAAAAUAUUGUCGCUAUCAUCGCCGAUAUGGGCAUAGCACAGAUGAAUGUCAAGCUUGGAUAAAGGAGAUAGAAGCCCUCGUUCAAUCGGGUCAGCUAGGAAACUACAUUGAUUGGAAUAGGAUGAACCACGGGAACAUGUGGAGGAAGGGGCCGGUUGGGCGCCCUCGUUGCCCUACUCCGUCUGAAGAUGAACCUGCCAAGGAGUCCACAGAUAUGGGCAAGUGCUCAGUUAUAAAUGUGAUUUUCGGGGGAUGGUCUCCCGUGGGAGCCGAAGAAGAAUAUGUAGGGUCGGUGGAGGAAUCUCAUGUUCUUAGGAAGCAAAGAUAA